AUGGCUUGGCCAGUUGUAGGCCACUGGCUGUUUCAACACGUUGCAAUCGUUGCACUCGUUGAAUUUCGAUCGAAGUGUCAGACGAUGUACUCCGAUGCAUUCGAUGAUGAAUGUCAUAUAUCAUAUUCCAGAUCCAGAUCAUCCAUGUUACAACAUACUCGCCCACGAAGAUUUAUUGAUCCACAAGAAUUACGAGAGAGAUUUCCAAGGGAUGAAGUAAAUGGUAAAUGCUCAUCAUCGGUAAAGCUUUUACCAGCCAGACGGAUCCACACAUGGCGGGGAUUGCCUCUUUGGGGUCAUCCCGCCAUGGAGCUUUUGGAAAUUGUCAAGGAUACGUUGCAAUAG